GGAAGGAAUAAUGCAAGGGGAUGGAGGUUUGAUCCUCAGGAAAAAUGGAGAAGAUGCAUUGCAGUUGUAGGCAGUGAUGUUUGACCAAACUGUGUCGGGUGCCUGACCUGGAAUGGAGAGGAAAAUAAAUAAAUAAAUAAAUAAAAGGAGACGUGCAGCCUAGUAUACUCCACACUGGAGCGUUGACCAGUCAGUGUGUGGGUGUCACGGCCUCCUAUUCAAUUCGCGCCCCUCCUCUCCUCAUCUCAGAUCCGCCAGACCCGGGCAGAUCGCCUCGCCACCAAUCCACCAUGGCCGCGGCCUCCCCUCCUCUCCUCCCCACCACCGUCGUUGUCCCGGCCGCCGCCACGCCAUCCCCCAUCCCCAGCGCCGACGACGCCAACCCCGCGGCGGUGCGCGCCUUCCUGUCCCGGCUCCUGGAGUCCGGCCGGCGCGCGCUGUCGGGUGCCCGCCCCUGGUCCGAGCUCGUGGACUGGUCGGCGCUCUCCCGUCCGGACUCCCUGUCCGACGCCACCUCCCGCCUGCGCAAGAACCUGGCCUACUUCCGCGUGAACUACGCCGCGGUGGUGGCGCUCUCCCUGGGCGCGUCGCUCCUCGCGCACCCGUUCUCGCUGGCGGCGCUCCUCGCGCUGCUCGCCGCCUGGUGCCUCCUGUACAUCCUCCGCCCCGCCGACGCGGCGCCGGUCGCCGCCUUCGGACGCACCUUCUCGGACAAGGAGGUGCUCGGGGGCCUGAUCGCCUGCUCGGCGUUCGCGGUGUUCCUGACCUCGGUGGGAUCGCUCAUCUUCUCGGCGCUGGCUCUGGGCGCGGGCGUGGUGUGCGCGCACGGCGCGCUCCGCGUGCCGGAGGAGCUGCUGUUCCUGGACGAGGGCGACCAGGCGGGUGGCAGCGGCAACCCGCUGAUGUCGUUCAUCGCCAGCGCCACAGCAGGCACAGGAGGAGGAGGACGCGUCGUGUGAGGGCUGCUAUGCUAUGCUUUGCUUUGCUUGAAUCGAUUGAUUCGUACUAGUAUUGUUUUGGCAGCUGGACGAGCUGCUGAGUACUUUAUUACGAAAGAAUAUAUACAGCGUAUAAUGUAAGAAGAAGAAGAUUCGGCAAUGGAGUGAAUUUUGGUGUUUGGUGA